AUGUUGAGAUACCAGUGAGCCGGCUCGCUUCGCAAGAAUAUUCAUCCGCGGCCGUGGAGCCGUCUGAUGCGUACACCCUGUAUAUAAGGACCGUGUGAUGCCUACACUCUGUGUCAGAGUCCCCACCACCACCAGCAUGAGCUGCUCUUGAAACGAAGAGGAAAAAAUAACCAACACGCCGGGGGCUCUCUCGCGUUCUUUAUUCUCGACAGACCCAGCCAGGCCGCGCGUGCAGGAGGCCCAAUGCGUGCCAGCUCGCAGCCGACGAUGCUGACGAUGAUCCUGCUGCCGAUGAUGGCGAUGGUGAUGCCGGUGCCACUCCACGCCACGACGUCGCCCGCGGGCUCGCCCAGUGCGAUACGGGGCGUCGCACUCGGCCACCGCAGCUGCCGCGUCAGCUGCCACGACUCGCUCGGUCGGGCUGCGAGACCCGCGAAGCCGUUGGCGAUGCUGAUCUGCUCCAUCGAGUGCCGGGAUGAGGAACGGGGGGUGGUGCCGGCCGACGCCGCCGCCGCCGCGGGGACACCGAGGGAGGCCGACUCGGCACCCGCGACGGAACGAGGGUGGUGCGGCCUCUGCCUGCCACUGGCGCAGGGCGCUGGGCGCGGGGGGCGCGGCUUCUCCCAGGAGCAGGCUGAGGAGGAGGAGGAGGAGGCUGAGGAGGAGGCUGCGGAGGAGGCGGAGGCCCCAAGCGACCUCGGCGCUUCCGUCUUCGGAGACGCGAAGGCGACCCCCGUGGGAAGUUCCAUCCCGGAGGCCAGGCUCUGGGAGCCCGGCGCGGACGGACUCCGGCCGAAGCGCUACGGCGGGUUCAUGGAGCGGAUGAGGGGCAGGCGGCUGCUGGUGCCGCAAGGCGGAUCGUCGCCUGGCCAGUGGCAGCAGCAGCAGCAGGAGCAGCAGCAGGAGCCGCACGGCCUCCGCAAGCGCUACGGCGGGUUCAUGAGGAGGGUCGGUCGGCCCUGGCUGGAGGCGGAGCUCAAGAAGAACGAGGGCUUCAUGCGCCGACUCUUCGGCGUGUCCAUCCGUUCGGAUGACGGACAGUCGAGGGAUUAUGUGGGGCCCGCUGUAGCCGUGACCCCCUAAGUGUUCAAGCCGCAUGACACCCCCCGCCCCCCAUCCAUUGCAUCGCACCUGCUAAGCAGCGGUCCCCGUUCAUUCCUCCCCGCAUUCUGCAUUAUGAGGUUCUAAACGCAACCCCCCCCCCGCCCCCCCCGCCUACCUUCAACCGCUUCUUGUGUUUAGCCGAAUGCGCGUCUGAGUGAUGCAACGAAUCGCUCUCGAAACCGCGCAACUUAAUACGUCAUCGCCUUUGCAACUGCUUUGUCCACGUCCGAGCGAACAGCUGCACCACGGCCAAAUUGAAAGGGGGCAUUCGGGAUUUGCAAAAAAACAGCCGUUCGUGGUUCGCGAACGCGCAAGCGCGUGAUGCAGAGCACGUCGAUCGACGCUAGCGAUUCAGAGUCCGGGUGUGGACGCAGCUCAAGAGAGCCACAACACGCACUCUCGACGCGCACGUAGCCCAACCGAGGGGGCAACGAUCCAUUCAUAGACACCACCGCCCAUUUCUAAUCGCUUCCUUCUCAAAGUGGCGAUUGAAUAGUGUGAAUGUGAUGGUCCCAUACAUUAGACGGAGAGCGUUGUGGGUUUUUUUAAACGAUGGAAUACCGCGAAUGUAUUGGAGGCUGGUGGCGGGACACAUCUGCAGGGGCUGUGAAAUAACAACGUAAUUUUUCCUCCCCGAAAUUUCACUCUGUUAAUGUCAGCGGGCUGGUUUAUGAACGAAUCACCCUUGGCAUAGGCUUGGCUCAAAGUCGUGAAACGUACGAGCUUGUUGAGAAGGCGUGCUUUAAAGCCGAGUCGCUCUAAUCGGUUUAUCACGCAAGCUUUCGUGACCAAUAUCAUCCGUAGAGAUUUGUUUGGUUACAUCGCGUGAAUGUAUAAAUGUGUCGUUAAACCCGCCACCACCCGACACAGCCAACUAAUAAGGCUUGUCACGUAAACAGAACGUGGCCAAUUCGUCACGAGUACAGCACACCGGUGUGUUGGAGAGCAAAGCCACGACAAUUACAAAACGUCGUUUCUCAGAUUGUAAAUGUUGUAGCUAUGUCGGGUGGUGGCGGGUUUUAACGACACAUUUAUAUGUUUACGCGAUCUAACCCCCCCCCCAAAAAACCCCUCUAAACAGUGUCCAAUACGCGUGUCGUACGUUAUGCAUGUUGAACUUCUUUCGCGCCGUACGUAGCCAACCGUGCUAAUCGGAGGUGCUGUUGUCCGGGCAUGGGAGUAAGAGACUCAGCAAGCCACUUUCGACGUCACCUUCCCAUCGCCCCGCAAGCUUUUGGAGAGGUUUUUUUGCGGUGGUGCGUGCCUCUGAUCCGGGGCGGUUGGACGCGAGGCUUCGUGCACAAGGUGGACAUUCGUGAAAUAUUCCUGAACGUCCCCUGAGCUGCGUGGUGGUCGAGAGAUGGCAGUAGAGCAAAUGGAUUCGUGAAACCAUCCGUGCUAAUCUAUAUGUUCCUCCCCCCC